AUGGGCGACACCGAAGCGGGAAACCGUUCCAGCGGUAGGCCGAGCAGAUCGGAUCGCAGUCGUAGUCGCUCGCCCCGACGACGAGACGACAGGCUAGAUCGAAACCGCGACUCCAAUAGUGAGCGCUUCCGUGAGCGUGAUCGCGACCAGGACCGAGGGCGAGACCGAGACCAGGAUCGUGACCGGGAUCGGGACAGGCCGAAAAAAAAGAGCGGUCGGGGCUUCAAGGUCAAGGAGAAGCGUCAGGACGAAGACGAUGGAGAGAGAGCUCGAGUUCGCUCGCCGCGCCGAGACAGUUACCGCGACGGUCCACGGGACAGAGAGCGAGAGCGAGAGCGAGAUCGCGAGCGGGAUCGAGGUGGGGAUCGAGGCGGGGAUCGAGGCGGAGAUCGGAGCAGAGAUCAAGGCCGUGGCCAAGGUCGUGACCGUGAUCGCGGACACAACCGCGACAAAAAGGAGAAGACCGAUUCUGGACCAGGCGCCAGUGCCGCUAAGAAGAAGACCAUUGUGCCUACCGCCAACCAGGAGUUCAUGAUCGUGCACGUGAAUGAUAGACUGGGCACCAAGGCGGCGAUUCCAUGUCUUGGUUCAGAUCUGAUCAAGCAAUUCAAGGUCAUGGUGGCGGCACGCAUCGGACGAGACCCGAACGAGAUCAUGCUGCGGCGGCAGGGUGAGCGGCCGUUCAAGGACCACUUGUCGCUGGACGACUACGGAGUCAGCAACGGGGUACAGCUGGACCUGGAGCUGGAUACAGGUGACUGA